AUGGCAGCCUUAGCUAUUUUAACUUGUCGACCAAACUCUCACCCAUUCCAAGAACGUCAUAUAUCAUUAACGGAACCAAUCAAAGUCGGGCGUUCUGUCGCUCGAGCACGUCCUGCUGUAAACAAUGGAAUAUUCGAUUGUAAAGUUUUGUCUAGAAAUCAUGCCCUUUUAUGGUAUGAAAACGGACAGUUUUAUCUACAAGACACUAAAAGUAGUAAUGGAACAUUUGUAAAUAAUCAGAGAUUAUGUAAGGGAGGGGAGGAAAGCACAGCCCGAGAUAUAUUCUCUGGGGAUCUCAUUCAGUUCGGGGUAGAUGUCAUGGAAAAUAAUCGCAGGGGAGACAAAAUAACUCAUGGUUGUAUAAUAUCCACUAUCACACUCUAUCAUCCAGACGGGAGAGAAGCCAAACCGACUCCAUUUCUGAACACACCUAAUCUACCAGGUAUCACAAUACAAUCACAAGAUCUUUAUCAACUAGCUCAAUAUCUACAGGAAGCGUUACACAGAGAGAAGAUGUUGGAACAGAAAUUACUCACGUUGCAACAGUUAGUCCAUAAUACACAGGAGGCCUCCGAGAGUGGCUGGCAGGCAUUAAUAGAUGAAGAUAAAUUGUUAUCGAGAUUAGAAGUUUUAGAAAAUCAACUACAUAUUUAUUCUAAGAACCACAGUGAAGACACAGUAAGACAAGAAUGUGUUACUCUCCAAGAAGAAAAACUACAAUAUGAAACAACAGCUAAGGAAUCUUUAAGAAGAGUUUUACAGGAGAAACUAGAUGCUGUGACUAAGCUCUCAGAUUUGGAGCGUUCAUUAAGUAAUUCUGAAGAAGAGUGUGGUCAUGUGAAAGAAAUGUGUGAGCAUGCCCAGAAUGAACUCCAUCAGCUGGCUGAGAAAUACCAGGAACAAUUGGCGGCAGAGAAAGAACUCAAAGAUAAACUUCAGGAAGCUGAACAGAAAUUAACAGAAGAAACAGAUAAAGCUGAACAAGAGAAACAUGAAUUAACAGAAAAACUGGAACAAAUGUUACAGCAGGAACAGUCUUUAUCAACCAAGGUAAAGCCUGGCUCUUUGACAAGUUUGUAA